GGGACCCACCAUGCUACGACCUCCAGGUGGCAGUGUGAUCCAACGACCAGGCCGACAGCUACAGUCCAGGAAGCCCCGCAGAAGAAGCAGAACAGGAAAGGGUGUAGGGUUGAGUGCAUUGAAAACAAAAAUGGCAGGGUGUUGUUGUUGUUGUUGUUAGUACUUUGAGCAUGUAACGGCGGCCAGCAACUUGUGCUGUCGAGGUUAGACAGGAACAUGUCUGAUUGCAAAAUAAUGUCGUCGCGAAGCAACAAGAAGCCCGUUAAUGCUAACUACAGCUAGCCACAUUGGCAGCAUCCAUCACCAGAUAAAGGACUGUAACGUUAACUGAGCCAUUGACGUACACUGAAAUAACUUUAACUUUACAACCAAGUCCCACAACCGUUUCACGUGUUUGUCCCUCAAUAACUGCAGUUACCUUAAUAGACGACGGUUAUCGUCCGUGCUGUGACAGUUAUUACCCCGCGGGUUGUGGGAUAUCCAGACAAACCCCAGACAUGUCAGUCAACGGUAAAGUCAUCCCGCACACGCCGCUGGCCGUGGACUUCUGGCAUGUGCGGAAGUGUCCAGGCACACGCCUGUUUUUCUUGUCCCACAUGCACAGUGACCACACGGUAGGUUUGACUUCCACCUGGAGCAACCGGCCCAUCUACUGCUCACCAACCACUGCCGCUCUGCUCAGACUCAAGCUGCAGGUGAAAGAACAGUGGAUCCAUCCAUUAGAGCUGGAUGAGCCAUACCUGUUGCCACUGGAUGACAUAGGCAAGGAGAGGCUGACAGUCACACUGAUAGACGCCAACCACUGUCCAGGGUCGGCCAUGUUUCUCUUCGAAGGAUACUUUGGCUCUAUACUGUACACUGGUGACUUCAGAUAUACUCCCUCCAUGUUGCGUGAGCCAUGCUUGAGGACCAAUACCACUAUAGAUGUCCUGUAUCUGGACAACACCAACUGUGACCCCAACCGCACCCUCCCCUCCAGACAGCGAGCCACUCAAGAAAUCAAAGAGAUCAUCCGCAGACACCCUAACCACAGUGUUGUCAUAGGCCUGUAUGCUCUGGGUAAGGAGUCCCUGCUGUUGGAGCUGGCGAUGGAGUUUAAAACCUGGAUUGAGGUGAGCUUUGAGAGGAUGAAGACCCUCAAAGCCCUGGAGCUGCCUGACGUCUUCACCACUGAACCAGGAGCCGGUCGUAUCCGAGCCGUGGAGCAGUCACAGAUCUGCUCUGUCACUUUAAACCAGUGGGACAGAGAACAACCCACUUUGGCCAUCUUGCCCACCAGCAGGCCCCUGGUCUCCUUUCACCCCAACAUCCAUGUGGUACCCUACUCCGAUCACUCCUCUUACCAAGAGCUGGAGGACUUUGUCUCUGCACUAAAACCUACCUCCCUUAUACCCAUUGUAGGAAACAAUGUACCUGGAAGCUUCUCUGCCUUACUGCCCCGCGGAAAGCGCCAUGAAAUCCUGGUGCCUGAGUCAGUCCAACACUUCAUGUUGAGACAGCCUGAGAGCCAACUCAGCUCUUCUGCAAACACCAGUCUCCGCCGCAGACAUUUCCAGCCUCUUUUUCCCAAAGGGGUGGUGUUUGAUUCACCUGUAAGUAAAGCCAGGAAGUCAUGCAAAGGAGCCUCGGAGGCAGAGUGCCUGGAGCCGGAUGCUUCUGAGGAAGAGUUGGACACAGAAUAUAGCGAAAGGGACUCUGACUGCAUCCUUGUUGACAUGAGCAAGUACCACACACCUAACAAAAACAGAGGAGGGGCUGGAGACAUGUGGAGCCUCAACAUCGUCAAGACCUCAAGAAGGUCUUUUGAAACUAAUGCCAAAAUGAUCAACAAGACCGCUUCAAAUGAAGAUGACACCAGACAAAGAAAUGUUCAGAACAACCACACAUUGUCAGUCGGUGAUAGCAUGAGUCAGCACAGCGGACAUGGAAUGGAUCAGGACUGUGACACCAUGUCAGAUGACCAAGUGAACGACAGCAUGGCGACAUCGCAGAGCAGCCUCUGCAACGAUUCCUGCUCUUCAUCCAGCUCCCUGCCUGUGCUGAAGCCAAAUUACAUAGAGGAGAUUGAAAACAGUAUUUUAAAGAAUCUCCCCUUCACAGAGGAGGACUUUAAGUCGUGUGGCCUCUUGCAGCAGAGCUUUGUGAAAAGAUUUUCUCUCUCUCCUUUAUGUCAUGCAAGUGAUGAUGACCUGACAUAAGUGUGUGCCUUGCUUUAGAGGCCUUUUGUGUUGUGUGUGUAAAGAUGAGCACUUUAAAGCCAACAUACUAUUUUCUCAUUGGUAACUUCCUUAUUUAUAUAAUUGUCCUUGUGGUGCCUCCAUUGUGUGUAGGUCGCCUGGAGUUUAGUAAAGCAGGCUUGUAAACAAAAGGUCACAACUUUGUCCUCGGGCCGACCCUGUGAAGAGAUUGACUAGCCUUUGCCCUCGCCUUUCAUUAAGGUAGUCUUAGCCUCCUGGACGUGGAGGCCAAGGCAGCUUUCUGUGGUUAAAAAUGAAAUCUAAUUUCUCAUUGAAAGACCCUAUUCCUAUUGUACUGAAAAAAAACAAAUCGGUGGCUGAUGCACAUCUUACUACUACUACUAGGUCGUUCUCAGACGGGCCCUCCAUCGGUGCUUCCAGUCAUCCCGAUCCUCCAUGUAUCUGGCUAGCUCGCCA